UUCUCUCUGCAGACACCGCGGCAGACACUCUUGUAAUGGCAACCAAACCGUCUCGAUCUGGUCUCCUCAAAUUGGCUGAGGAACAGCUCACCUGUCCUGUGUGUCUUGACCACUAUAUCAAUCCUAAGACUUUACCUUGCCUACAUUCAUUCUGUCAGCACUGUCUGGAAGGAUUGCCACUGGAUAAGAACAAUGAGACCUAUUACCUUUUUUGUCCCACUUGUCGUCAUCGUACUGAGUUACCAGAAAAUGGAGCAGGAGCUUUUCCCGUGGCAUUCACUAUCAACAACCUCAAAGACAUGCACAGUUUAAUUAAAAAGACCCCAAAUUCUCAAGAGGCUGUGACCCCCAUAUGUACUGACCAUGGAAGGCCUUUGGAGUUCUUUUGUGGAACAUGUGAUGCAGUAAUCUGCUCCCACUGCUCAGUUCGUAAUCACAAACAUCAUGAAUGUGAGUUAAUCACUGACAGUUAUACUAAACACUGUCAAAAGUUAAGAGAAUGUCUAUCACCAGUUGUGGGAAAAAAGGAAGUACUCAAAAAGGUUAUAUCUUCUUUAUCAGAGAGAGAGAGUGAGAUUAGAGAGAGAGGAGAAGGAGUCUUGGAAGAAAUACACAAAAUGGUAGAGGAAAUCAUGAGUACUCUUUAUCAGUCAGGGAGGAAACUGACUGGGCAGGCAAGAAGGGUCACUGAUGCUAAACUAAAGGUGCUCUCAGUGCAGAUCAAAGCAGCAGAAAAGAGUUUGAGUCUUCUUGAAGAUGUUGAAGAUUAUGUGGAACUGAGUCUGAAGACAGGUACUCCUCAACAAGUCUUGAGGUCUAAGAAACAGAUGAUGGAACAUAUGAGUGAAGUUACUGCACAAAUCAAUGUGGAGGAGUUAUAUCCGAAUGAAAAAGCUGACUUUGUAUUGAGUAAUAAUAUCAAAUCAAUACAUCACAUAGGAGAUAUUGUGACAUAUUCAUCUACUGCACUACAGCAAUGUAGAGUGAAGAGAGUUGGCUCCUUUCAACGCUUUCCAAAAAAGAAGACAUUUUUGUUUUCAUUAUCAAUGGAGGCACCAGAUUCAUCUCUUUUGUCUGUUCCUGUAUCUUCUCUGAGGUGUAGUCUAGUACCAGUUGUACACACUAUACCAGAGAUUAACUGUCCUUGGGGAGUUGCUGCAAGUGAUAAUCAUGUCACAGUAACUGAGUUUAAUGGUAAAUGUGUAACAAUACUGGAUAGAAAAGGAAAGAAAGUGCAAUCAUUGGAAGGAGGUGGCAAUGUUAAGUUUUCUGUCCCUCGUGGUUUAGCCAUUACUACAGACAAAUUCAUUCUUUUGUCUGAUAAAGACAAAAUUCAAAAGAUUGACAUGAAUGGAUACUAUAUAGCAUCAGUUGGUGAAAGGGGCACUGAAUCACUACAAUUUCAAUUUCCUGCUGGAUCAGCUAAUGGACAAUUCAUGUUUCCGCUAGGGAUUGCUCUUGACAGUCAAGGGUUAGUGUAUGUAGCUGAUUGCAAUAAUCAUCGCAUUCAAAAGUUUUCUCCAGAUGGAAAUUUUUUGGCUCAGUUUGGUACAAAAACAUUUGGUGCUGGAAAGCUUAAUAGUCCAUAUGGUAUAGCAAUAGAUACUGUAGGUACUGGUCUAGUGUAUGUUAGUGAAUGGGGCAAUCAUCGCAUCUCUGUCUUCACUAGUGAGGGUGAGUUUGUUACUAAGUUUGGAAAAGAAGGCAAUAAUAUUGAUCAGUUUAAAAACCCUAAAGGAUUAACAUUUGAUAAAAAUGGAUUCUUGUAUAUUUGUGAUUCUGGUAAUGACCGACUUGUUGUUUAUUGAAUUUUGUUGUUUAAUUUCAAGGCAUAAUAUUUUAGUAUUAUUUCAUUACUAGUUUAGUAUAGUUAUCAUCAACAUGAU